AUUGCUAAUCCAGUAGAAGCACUCAAUAUCAGCGCCUCACCUUUUGAGAAGCAGUGACGCUACUUACCUGAAAGCGAUUGACUCAGAAACACGGAAGUGAAGUCAACUUAUUUUUUAGCUCAGUACAGUAGUUUUCAUAAUUUUUUUAUAUUUAGAUCUCCCCGUCUGUCUGAAGUAGAGGUAAACGUUUCGUGAGUAAUGAAGAAAACGGCACUCGAACGACAGAUGUGAAUGAGGAUUUUCAAUAUUCGCUCAAUUUGGAUAACGAGCGUAUUGCAACGUAUUUAAUGGAUCCAGAGCAGGAUGGUAUUGAGCUGCAGGAGAGAAACAUGGAUGGCUUUGACAAUACCAUGGAGGCAUUACUCCCAACUCUGCACCAGCAGAGGACAUAUGAUUAUGUUCUAGUUGCUGACAAAGUUGAGGACCAGGAACACCCAAAGUUUCUGAAGCAGGUGGCUUUUAUUGACCACCUGAGGAAGAAAAACAUGAAAGUGACAAAAAUCGUUCAUGUUGACAAGGUGUUUUAUGGUGUCCGGGCCCCGAAGGAGAUCUUUGACAAGUACAGGUACCUACUAAAGGUGUCUGAUUCUUGCAACUGGAGCGGCGACCGGAAAUGUGGCAGAAUCCCUCACUCAACCAGGAUCAGAGUAGUGCAUUACAUCCUACACCACACCCAUAUCAACACAGGAGAGAACCUCAGAGAGCUCCAGGAGAAGGGUGUCUUUGAGGCCACGUUCUGCCUGCAUGAGAUGAACAAGCAAAAGGUGUUGAAACAAAAGUGGGCACGAUGGUCUGCUCUCUGUUCCACCCAGCCUGUCGAUGAUGUCAGGAGUUACUUUGGAGAGAAGGUGGCUCUGUAUUACCUGUGGUUGGGCUGGUACACCAUCCUGCUGGUCCCUGCAGCCAUUCUGGGUGUGAUUGUGUUCCUGUAUGCACUGGCUUUCUUCAACACCAGCCCCCUCAUAAAGGAGGUCUGUGAGUCUGACACAGUUAUGUGCCCAAGGUGUGACAAAUGGUGUCAAGUAUGGCAGCUGCGUGACACCUGUACCUAUGCCAAGGUGAGUCAUCUGUUUGACAAUGAGGGGACGGUGGCCUUUGCUAUGUUCAUGGCAGUCUGGGCUACCAUUUUUCUGGAGCUGUGGAAGAGACACAAAGCAACGUUUGUGUCCAAAUGGAAUGUCUUUGACUGGUGUGAGGAAGAGGAGGAGCUCAUCCUGGGAGUAGUCAAUGAUCCAGACUGCCAUCCCAAAGAGUUUCGCCAUUCUUAUCUGCGCAGCACUCUUGUUCUGGUGCUGGUCACUCUCAUGUUGGUUCUGAUCAUUGGGCUAACCCAGGCUCUGGUGGUGUUCCGUGUGGUUGCUGCUGUGGUGUUGUCAGAAGGAACAUGGGAGUUUGUAAGGGACCAUGCCAACACUGUAGCUGUAAUGCUGGGUGCUGUACUACACUACAUCACCAUGCAAGUUAUGACCAGAGUCAACAAGACCGUGGCCUUCAAGCUGUGUGAGAUAGAGAAGACACAGUCGAUGACGGCCACUGAGAGGAGCUUCACUGUCAAGAUGUUUACCUUCCAGUUCUUCACUCUCUUCUCCUCGCUCAUAUAUGUGGCAUUUUUCCUGGGCAGGAUAAAUGGUCGCCCAGGCAGCUACGUUCGUAUUUUUGGUAAAUGGAGAUUGGAGGAGUGUCAUCCCAGUGGCUGCCUCACUGACCUCUUCAUUCAAAUGGCCGUAAUCAUGUUGCUCAAACAGACACUGAAUAACAUCUUUGAGUUUAUUGUGCCCUGGUUCAAGAGUAAGUUCAGAAGGAAUACAACUAAGAAGCUGGAGAGGAAGAGUGGUGACUGCAACAAAAAUGCAUGUCGCAAAGAGGAGAAGAGGGGCCAUGACCCAUGUGAUAUCUGCAAGCUGCAUGAUUGGCUGCGCAACUACGAUCUGAAUGACGUAAACUUUUUCAGUCUCUUCAAUGAGUUUCUGGAAAUGGUUCUUCAGUUCAGUUUCACCACCAUCUUUGUGGCAGCCUUCCCUCUGGCCCCUCUACUGGCCCUCAUCAACAAUAUCUUUGAGAUCCGUCUGGAUGCCAUCAAGAUGGUCAGCUUGGAACGUAGAUUAGUCCCCAAGAAAACCAAUAAUAUUGGUAUAUGGACCAACAUUCUGGAAGCUAUUGGUGUUCUGGCUGUCAUUGCCAAUGGGCUAGUCAUUGGGGUGUCCUCAGACUUCAUCCCUCGGCUGGUCUAUCGCUACCACUACGGACCCUGUGCCAAUGGAGAAGAUAAUGUACACUGUAUGAAGGGCUAUAUCAACGACACCCUAUCCACUGCUCAGAUAACAGACCUGAACGUGCGGAAGGACUUUUUCCCCAGUCAACUGAUCACAGGGAGCGGCUUCAAUGUUACACAAUGCAGCUAUAAAGACUACAGAAAUGACGUUGACUACAGACUCACCUCCCAGUUCUGGCUCAUCAUGGCUGUACGCUUUGCCUUCGUCGUCCUAUUUGAGCAUGUAGUGGUCAUCUUUAAAUGCAUUGCUGCCUGGUUUGUGCCUGACUCCCCCAUGUUGGUGAAGAACGACAGACUGAAGGAUAAACUCUGUAGACUCAAAGAGGAACUGCAGGAUAUGACGUACAGGCAGUCCACAGAUGUGUGAUGACCGCAACGGAGGGACACCCUGAGACAUGACCAGCAUGACACAUGACUUUGAAGCCUUGAAAAAUACACAUUAAAAGUGAUGCUCUCUGCACUGACCUGAGAUCAGCAUCUUACAGCAUAGUUAGCGCCUGGUCGUUAUGAGAGGUAGGACAGCCCCAUCUCCCAACACCUCUGAGUUUUCUCCCACAUGGCCAACACACUGUUUAUACCGGUGUGAUUAAUGGCCACCCGUGGCGCAUGCAAACGUAUCUUAAUAGCCGAUCGGGGCUACAAGUUUCUACGAGGAUUAGACUGAUCCAAACUCUAUUUCACAUAUAAGCAAGGGUACCCCAAUAUAAAUGAACCAAUAGACUGACAGACUAACCCCAGAUACCACAACUGUGGUUCAUAAGAAGAGGUCCAUAUAACAUUGUAUUUUCUUGAAUGACUGAUGACCAAGCAGUAGCCUCAACCGUGUCCCCAACAACCAGGGGUUCUGGUUUUCAGGGGAUAUGGACAGAGAGCCUGUGACGCAACUUCCUGUUUUGGACGUUAACAAGGCGACACUCCAUCUGAACUCCUCCUCCACAUUAGUUGAACAGUGCAGAAGAUAACGUUGUUUUCCUUCUGGUCAAGACCAGUAUGUAGGGGAUCUAGUUUCAGGCAUUUAUUUUUCCUAAUCAAAAGGGGACCAUCGCAGUCUCUCAGAAGUUUGGUUGGUGCGUAAAACGUGUGAAAUCGGAUAAAUGAAAAGGUGUGAUGGGUCCGUACACCAAACAUUUUUUCACUGCAUCAGGGAUAGCGUACAGACUUUGCAGCCUUCUUCAGUGUGUAGAUUUAUUUUAUGCCUGCUACAUUAGGUUAACCUAGCAGGGAUGCCUAUACAGUAACAGAGUUGGGGUUAAUUUUGUUUCACAAACUGUACAUGCCAUACAAAUGGAAAACACGAGUUGAAAUGUAUUGAAUCCCUUACACUGGCCAAUAUUAAUGUUUUACAAAGAACUGCGGUAGUUUUAUUUUUGGUAAGGGUGUGACAACCUGUUUUGCAAAUACUGUACUGAUGUUUCCUGUUUACAUGCCUUUAGUAACCUCAAUGUUCUCUCAACAUAUAGAAUCAAGUGUGAAUAAUAUAAUUUGUUAUAUAAUUAUGCAUCUCUUAACUUUACUUUUAAUCCACUGCAUUAUUUAUUUAAAAUGAUAUUCGGAAAAAUUGUGUUAUCCCUUUUUAAAUUCAAACAUAGGGUUGCUUCAUGUUGUGUGUAUGAGCAAGAGUUUUUGUAAAAACAUAUUUUUUUAAGUAUAAUUCAGAAAUGAUUUGAGCCAAUACCUAUGGAUAUUGUAUUGUUGUUGGAAAGGUGUACAUUUUGAGUUGCUGUAUUGCUUUUUUUACUGUAUAUUGUACAUACAGUAUGUGACAGGGUUUUGCUCACCAGUCUAUCACCUGCGUGAAAGUGCAUUGUAAUUUUGUCCAUCUGCUUCUCACUUUUGAUGGACAGACGGGACAAAGAUUACUUGAGGACUUUUUUUGGUAAACUAAGUAGACACAAUUAACUGCCAUUUGGUGGACCACACCCUGUCUAUUUCCCUAACAAGUUGAGCCUGAUCAACAACAAAAAAUACUUUUCACAUUAGGUCAGGUAAAUAAAACGGAGAGAUGUUAUAGAGACAAUUGGUCCAUUAGAAGGUUUCUAUGAAAAACCCUCAAUGAACAUAGUGUCUGUAUACCACAAGAGGGCAGAGUGGUCUUCUCUUCUACAGCCCAAUGUUAUAUACAGCACUAAACUACAUAACCUACCUUGUGUAAACAGUUUUGGCAAAGUGAAGGGAAAUGAAAGGUGUCAUCUACAUGGUCAGUUCCUAACUACAUGUCAUCUUACUGUAGCUAAAACUAUUUAUUCUAUCCAUGUCCCCUGGCCUGUCAUUGAGAGUUCCUCCCCUCUUCCAGAGUUAAACCAAAAAUAUUCUCAAUGUUCCAAUAACAUAAAUCCUCUUAGUGGGUUCACUUCAUAUCCGGAAUGCAUUCAGUGAGGUUGCAGAAAUACUAACGUAACACUGAGCAUAUAAAAUACUUUUGUUCCUAUUUUAAAAACGGCAUGUUUGUGUGGACAUAUCAGACUAACUCAUGGUUGAACAGUUCAUCACAAUCUUCCUUUCUCUAUUCUCAACUUUAGUUUCUCACUAAAACUCUCUAACCCCCUCUCUGGUCUCUCUCUGCUGACUGUUGAUCUCAGAGGAGAUAAAACCAAGCCAGAUGCUACUGUCUGCAUUCCAAGGCUUUCUACAUUCCCUUUAUAAAGAGGGUUGUUAGCCUGUGUCUUUAUUCUUCAUCUGGUCCUUUCACUCCCCCACCAUUUCCCAUGACUUCCCGGAGAACCUUACCCUCUCACCACAGUUCAUACCUCAUAGUGUGCUGCCAGACUGAGGAACAGUAUCUGUAACUUAAACACGCCCUGUUUGGCCUGCCGCCAAUGAGAACAAUUCCUCCCACAAGAGAAGGCAAGAGUACAGGGAGCCCAAAUGCUUCAGAGGAAACUCCGUACUAUGUGCAUGUAAUUCAACUUACCAAGGAAAAAAGUGAAAACAGAAGUUCCCUUGAGUUUGAUUGUAUCUUUAAAAUGCAAUCAUGUAUCAUGCCAAAACAAUUAAAUUAAACUGUUACUUAUGA